CAUUAGUAUACCAGGCACGAGUUUCAGUUCAAAUUCUCAUCUCCCGCGAAUAUGUGAUUAUUCUACUUCCUUGAAUCGAUGCUUUCUAAAAGUUUUCCACAAAUUCGCGCACGAUGAAAGCUUGGUGUUUAUUGUGGCUUGUAGUGCUAAUUUCACCGUUAAAUGCAUCCAAAACUUCUCCAAUCUCAAAUUUUAUUCUCCCACAAGAAUUUCCACUUCUUCUGGGCAUUUUCAACGAGACUUUCAGUGAAAAUUCCAACACCGAUUGUCACAGAGAUAUCUGGAGCAUUUUAUAUGGAAUUUCAAACCGGGAAACAUGGGCUUUAAAGAUUCUAGAUGCAUCGGGAAGAAGAAACCCAGCCUUUAUGUUGGGUUCAAAUUUUUGGUUAGGAUCCGAAAUUGCAUGUCGUGGAGUCAAUAUUCCCCUUCCAAUUGCCACAUCCGAUGAUAUGGAGAAGGGGACAAAAGUUAUUAAUGCAAUUUCACCUGUGAAAAUGAAUUAUCGUGUGGUAUAUGGGACAAUUGAGGGAGAUCUUCAGGUGGCUCUAAAACUACUCUUUACACCUUAUAUGCACAUUGGUUUGUGUGUACCUGAGUCCUGUCCAAAUGAAUUUCUAAUGAGAAUCACACAGAAAUAUUUGGACGAAAAUCCCGCAUUUGGAAUCAUUGAAACCAAAGUGACUGUGGAGGGAAUCAAAGAGAUUAAGCCCCAUGGCAACUUAUUAGGCCAUUCCACGGUGCUAAUACUCGGGAGUAUCAUCUUUGCAACCCUCACAAUCUGCUUCUACGCCCACAAACUCGAAUCAAAGAGACACAAUCCACUGAGUAUUAACCACAGAAUUAUCUCAUGUUUUUCCAUUCGAGAAAACUACAGAAUUCUCAUGAAUAAUGAAGUGACUUCAAAAAGUAUUUUGUCACUCCAUUUACUGAGGACUGUAUCCUGUAUUUGGGUGAUUGUAGUACAUGUAAUGUUCUUCCAACUUUGGCUCUCGGAUAGUCUCACUGUCUCCUCAAUUGCCGUCAUGAAGACCCACUUUCUCUUCCUGUGGCGAGGAAUUCUCUGUGUGGAUAUCUUCUUCAUAAUUGGUGGCUUCCUCUGUACCUUCAACUUCCUGAAGAAUGAGCAACUAAAGGAGGAAAUUAGAUUGAAUGGAUUCAGGAAGAAUUGUGGUAUCUUCCUGAAAUACUUCUCUCAUCGAUAUCUUCGAUUAACUCCAGUUGCCUUUAUUGCCAUGCUUAUAGCCCGUAUUACCUAUCUGUUCUACAAUGAUACCAUCUUCCGAGACUUUAAACAUUGUUUCGGCUUUGACAAAUUAAAUUGGCACUACAAUUUACUGUAUAUCCAGAAUUUCUUCUCAUACAAAGAUAUGGCUUUUGUGUGGACAUGGUCACUGGCAUGUGAAAUGCAAUUCUACAUCUACUGUCUGGCAAUUCUCUUCAUCUACUCAAAAUCACCCAAAUGGGGUAUUAUUUCUUUCGUGGUAUCAACGAUAUCCACUCUAACCGUGACUUUCAUCAUUAUGUACAUGUGCAACACCUCAAUGAGGUUCUUGGACGCAUAUCGUGAUACUGAUGCUGUGUACACUAAACCUUGGACAAGGAUAUCCUCCUACCAAUCGGGCAUGAUAUUGGGAUUUAUUCUCUAUGUCACACGUGACAGAAGGAUUUAUCUAACAAGACGACAAACAGUAAUCAUUUGGAGUGCUAUUUUGGGAUUUUUCACUUAUACAGUGGUCAUGCAUCCUGAUCAGCCGAAAAUCCUCAUAUACUUAUUCAUGUCUGGCGGUAGAAUUGUGUAUGGCCUUAUCGUGGGUGGAAUUAUUGUUAUUUGUCAAUGGGGCUACGGCAGGUGGUUUGAGUGGAUUUCCACACGAAGAUUUAUAUGGCAAUUCUCAAAGCUCUCCUACACCAUAUACCUGAUACAUCCGGCAAUUGGAAUGAUUGUAUAUGGGACAGAUGCCCACGUUCUCAAUAUUUCCUUCAUUAAAACAAUUCUCGACUGUCUUGGAAUUGCAAUUGCUUCCUACUAUCUGUCAUAUGUGAUAACAAUUCUCUUUGAACUACCCUACAUAAGACUGUCGGAUGAAUUUAUCUUAAAGCGCCGAUUGAAGCAUGAUACCCAAUCCCACAAGAACGGUGGUAAAGUGACGAGUGAGAAGAUUCAGUAAAUCAAACCCCAAGACAAACCAAAAUCGUGAUAAAGCAAAACUUAACAGACAUAACAUACAAAUACUUAACUUACCCACAACUUGCAUCUGGAUGUGAGCCAUUGCUGUGGAGAAGGAUGGUGCGUCAGCUGAGACUUCACACGAAAAAUUGCCAGACAAUCCAAAUCCAACAUUCCGAAUCACUACUUGACUGGCAUUUGAGAGGGAGUACUGCAAACAAAAAAAAACAAAUAUAAAUUGAAACAACAUAUUCCCCAAAAUAUCCUUUAAAAAAAAAAAACAAAAUACAAGCUUGCAGAGUGUAACAUCACCAUUUGUCCUCAUCUCAAUUAUAGCCCUGGGAUUUGUAUGUAAUAAUUAGGAUUCGCUAUUAAAAAGGGUGUAACUCUUAAAA